UGCGCAGCCUCACUUGGACGCGGAGCUAACAGAUACCGUGUGCCUGCAACCAGGAAACCACCCGGGAGCCGUUUCUAACCUUUAUAACCACAGUUAGCACGUUUAUUAAAAAAAUGGCACUGCCGAGAGUUUUCUUUGACGUCACUAUUGGAGGCGCUUCAGCUGGCAGGAUUGUAAUGGAGCUCCGGGCUGAUGUGGUCCCAAAGACUGCAGAAAACUUCCGUGCUCUGUGCACCGGAGAGAAAGGUUUUGGCUACAAGGGCUCCAGCUUUCACCGCGUCAUCCCUGACUUCAUGUGCCAGGGGGGCGAUUUUACAAACCACAAUGGAACUGGAGGCAAAUCCAUCUACGGGGAGAAGUUUGCUGAUGAGAACUUCCAGCUGAAGCACACAGGAGCUGGCAUACUGUCCAUGGCUAAUGCUGGGAAGAACACCAACGGAUCCCAGUUCUUCCUCUGCACGGCUGAAACUGCCUGGCUCGACGGGAAGCAUGUGGUGUUUGGCAAAGUUGUGGAGGGCAUGGAUGUCGUCAAAAAAGUAGAGGCAGUGGGCUCACGUGACGGCAAGACUUCGAAGAAGGUCGUCAUCGCCGACUGUGGUCAGCUAUAAUACUGUGAAGAAGCUUCUUCAGUUCAGCCUGUUCACCUGUCAGCUUUUUUUACAUCCCAGUCUUCUUUGACGGGAUGUUAAUCUGCAGCAUCAGUGGAAAAACAUCCAGUUCGCCCACUUUCUCAACCGCAAAUGUUUCACUCCUGUGCUGAUAUUUGUUGUGUAUAAUUUUGUACCUUCUAAUCUGUUUAAGGACCACAUUUGUUUACAAAAUCUGAAUAAAUGAAACAAGACUGAAUUAAACCACUUGAAAGCUUAA